CUCUUGAUGACUUUUAUCCAUAAGUUGUGUUUACACAUUUCGUUUCGACCUCGCGAUUUGUAUUACGAAUUAAAACCUUGUUUUAUUGUGUUUCAGACAUCCAAGCAUCAUGUUGAGAAUUGCAUAAAUACAUCAAAUACUCUCGAAAUGGUUAUAUCCUUCCUUUGGAAUAGACCAUGUUUUGUUCUAGGAUAGCAAAGAAUUUCUUAGGCCCAAACUGCUCGACACUGCCGCGGUUGUUUUCAGGGUACCUCGUAGAGAAAUUGAUCAAGCAGCCACCCUUGCUGCUCACCGGAAGCUAUCACGUGCUGACUGUUACUGGGCCUAGCAAAUUUAGGUUGUCUAGAUUGUACAAUGUUAUAAAACGGAGUUGCACAAAUCAAGGUGAAAGAAAUGAUUUAAACAUGGAAACAACUAUGCAAUUAAAGAGAGUGCUUGUUUUGUCGAAAAUAACAAGAUACGAAUAUGAACGCCAGCGACAUGAAGGAAUCUCCGAAAAGAAGCUGGAGAAAUUACUUGCAGAGAGAGGUUCAGAUUACAAGAAAUUACUACAACGAAAUGACAUUCAUCAAGGCAAUAUAAAACAGUUGUGUGCAAUGCUAGAAGAGAAUGGCAUUAAUUACAAAGUAGUUCAGAGAAAAGAAUACAACGAAACGUGCAUUGAUUGGGCUGAUCUGGUGAUUUCUGCUGGGGGUGAUGGUACAUAUUUGUCGGCUGCCAGUAAGAUCCAUGACGCCAAACCUCUCAUCGGCAUCAACACUGAUCCAAACAACUCAGAAGGUCACCUGUGCCUACCAAACAAGUACUCAACAGAUUUCAAUGAAGUUCUUCAGAAACUAAAACAAGGAAAAUUUAGGUGGAAGUGGCGACAAAGGAUUCGUGUUACUGUAGACGGGGCCGUUCCAUUAGAGCCGGUGGAUUUACAGGACCAAAACCAUCGGGAUCAGCACUGGAAAAUGCGAGAAAAAGCCAAAUUAGAAACAACAGUACCUGGUCCACGUAUCUUGCCUAUCAAGGCUUUGAAUGAAGUUUUUAUUGGAGAAACAUUGUCUUCAGUAGUGUCUUAUUAUGUAGUGAACAUUGAUGACGGUCCAGCAGAGAAGCAGAAGAGCUCAGGAAUCACCAUAUGCACUGGUUCAGGGUCCACUUCUUGGUCUUUUAACACAAACAAGCUUUCGUCUCAGAGUUUGCAAGAAAUAUUACGAAUUGUUAAGGAAGAAACUGGCUGCAAUAUACCUGAAAGUCAAGACUCGGUCAAGAGAAUAGUAGACCGGUUCAACGAUUCUUUGGUGUUUGACCCAUCUGAUGUCAGGAUGGCUUAUACUGUGCGUGAUCCAGUUGUUAAUAGAAUCUUUGCAGCUGACUUUCCCAGGGGAUUUGCUAAAAGAAUCAGCAUCAGGUCUCGUUGUUUUGAUGCUUGCCUUGUCCUUGACAGCGGCUACUCCUUCAUCUUCAAUGAUGGUGCCAUGGCAACAUUGGAAACUAGGGAAGAGGAUGCAUUGCGCACACUUGAGCUAAUUGAAGAAGAACCAGAUGAUGAGUAAAGAAUAGUCAAAAGAAGAUAAAUCCUAUAUAUCAUGCACUGUUUGGGGGCAGUUAAAGAAUAGCAUUAUUACCUUAAAACAUGGUUUCAGUUGGUAAAGAUGAGGCAGAAGAGUUGGAUGAUGAAGACAAUAUAUUUUGCAUGAUGGAUUUUGUCAACAGCUAAAGAUUGGUGAAACAGAGUUCAUUUGAUCGUAAUAAUAUAUAAGAUAAAGAAGUGACAGACAGUUUAUUGAAUGUUAUUGACCAAUAGUUAAAAAUACAUUAUUAGCCUCCCCAAAGGAGCGAAGCUCUAGGGGAGGCUAUUGUUUUUUCCUAUGUUCUUCAUAUUGCCGUCGUUUGUGUCUUUGUUGUUGGUCAUUUGUUUGUAUACCACGGUAUCUAAAGUUUGGUAAGCCUGAUUGGAUUCAAACUUGGCAGAAUGCAAGAUGGUAAUAAGAAGACGGAGUGUAUUGUUUUUGGUACAUGUGUGAAUAUGCUUUUUGCUCAUUUCAAUAAUUAUUAUUUUACUAAUAAGGUAAUUUAUGCUAGCUACCUCGAUAACUAAAGUUUGGUAAGUCUGACUGGUUUCAAACUUUGCACAAUGCAUCAUGGUAAUAAGAAGAUGGAGCCUAUGGUUUAUGGUACAUGUGAAUAUGCUAAUUGCACAUUUGCAUAAUUAAUAUGUCACUACAGGAAAUUUAUGCUAAAUACUAUCAUAACUCCCUAAGAAAAUUUCUAAUUUAGGUAACUGUUAGUUGUAGCCCUCUAAUUACAGACAUUCGGCAGCUGUUGACAUAUGUUGGUGUUAGUAGAUGGCAUAUAUGACGAGAGAUGUGUGCACAAACUAUGACCAAACAUGCAAAUACGGAAAACUAAAUACUAUUUACAAAAGUGAAAUUGGGGAUAAUUUUAUAUAUUUUAUUCAUGUUGUCGUCGUCGUUUCAAACUGAUAGGUUUCAAAUUCCUACUUAUAAAUUUUAAGAGAAAAAUCACAUCGUGGGGAUGCUAUGCUUUUAUUGCGCAGAGUAAAAGUAGCAUUUCUAGUUAUUGAUUGUGGUUGAAAAAAUGUAGGCCUACUGUACAGGUUUGUGCAAAAGUGAAAUUGAAAAUUGGGGAUAAUUUUAUUUAUUUUAUUCAUGUUGUCGUCGUUUUAAACUGAUAGGUUUCAAAUUCCUAAAUACAUUUUCAGAGAAAAAUCACAUCGUGGGAAGGCUAUGCUUUUACUGCGCAGUGUAAAAGUAGCAUUUCUAGUUACUGAUUGUGGUUGAAAAAAUAUAGGCCUACUGUACAGGUUUGUGCUUGUUAUGGUGUAUAGGAAUAUGUCAGUAGUGUCCUGUUAAGCAUCCUAAAGGAAUUUAAUAAUGAAUAGUUAAUUAAAAAAAAUUUAUACCAAAGAGUAUGAGUUAAACUCUACCUUCAUUUCUCUAAAACACCUAGAGGGAUCUGUGAUACAAGGUGCUAUAUGUGGUUUUAUUCCAGUAUUAUAAUGUUAGCGCCAACUUCAAAUUUUAAACUUCCAGCAGUAACAAACCGAUCAGUUGUCAGUUUGAUGUCUGCAUGGUAACCACUGUCGUUUGUUGUAUUAUUCUUGUCAACAUUGUACUGUUUAUUUUACUUUACUUUCUUUGCAUCUUUUCUAUUUAUCUGGGUUUAAACUACAGUUAUAAACAUGAAGAAUAAAAUUCAAUAUUUGCUCACUUCUUAUGCAAAUUAAGUAAGUUUAUUGGUCUGCAAUUAAAACUUACAGUGAGAAAAUAUUUUGGUAUCACAUAAUUGAUAUUGCAUUGAAAUUUGCCUAUGUAGACCCUUAAUAAUUGGUUGGUACUAUUAGAUGGCUGUAAACCAGUGAUAACUGUAUUGUUUCAGGCUGUCUCAUUGGAAACCUAUUAUUUGAUGUUAAGUGAACAAUUUAAUAUUUUCUUUGAUCUUUUGAGGGUUUCUUUUACUGCAGCAGUAUGCAUUACAAGUAAAUAAACCAAUAAUAAUGAUCUUAUA